GGGUUGGUGACCUGUCAGCAUUGUAGUACAAGCUGUCACUGCUGAUAAUCUGUCUUUUCUUCUGGUAGUUGAACUUUUCGGUCAGCAACACAGCGAGCUCCAGGAGGAGGUUGGACUCCCAGGGUUGUUCGUUAUUACCGUUGUUGCUAGUGUCAGCUAACCAGCGAGCUAACUUCUAAUGCUAGCCGUACAGCUUUACAGCUAGCUUGUUAGCUAGAAUUAGACUGUAGCUAGCAGCGUUAGCUAGCUAUCUAGCCUGCUGGCAUUACGAGGCUAGGAAGCCGCUCACUGCUGCAAAGCAGCAUUCCGGACAAAAGACUAAACCAUGGAGGCCCAGAGCUCCAGCGGGCUGCUGCUGUCCAGAAAGCGGAGAAGAGAGGGCUCCAAUCGGGAGACCGAGGAGGGAGAGAAGCUUGGGAAAAUCCCCAGAUGUACUGUGGGAUUGAAGCACCCGGCACCUUUUGCAGAUGAGCUGAUGCCAGCUGAUGAUAAACCCUAUGAACGAGUCAGCAUGGAGGAGGCUAAGAGGGGAACACAUCCUAACAGACCGGUGCGGGUGUAUGCAGAUGGCAUCUUUGACGUUUUCCACUCCGGUCACGCCAGGGCACUCAUGCAGGCUAAAUGCCUCUUCCCAAAUACACACCUCAUCGUGGGAGUGUGCAGUGAUGACUUGACCCACAAGUACAAGGGCUUCACGGUGAUGAAUGAGGACGAGCGAUACGAUGCCAUCAGUCACUGUCGCUACGUGGACGAAGUGGUGCGAAACGCUCCCUGGACGCUGUCACCCGAGUUCCUCACAAAACAUCGCAUUGACUUUGUGGCCCACGACGACAUCCCAUACUCCUCAGCAGGCAGUGAUGACGUGUACAAGCACAUCAAGGAAGCUGGUAUGUUCGCUCCCACUCAGCGGACCGAGGGCAUCUCCACCUCUGACAUCAUCACACGCAUAGUCCGUGACUACGAUGUGUACGUCAGACGCAACCUGCAGAGAGGAUACACUGCCAAGGAACUCAACGUCAGCUUCAUUAACGAGAAGAAGUACCACCUGCAGGAGCGCGUGGACAAGGUGAAGAGAAAGGUACGCGACGUGGAGGAGAAGAGCAAAGAGUUUGUCCAGAAGGUGGAGGAGAAGAGCAUCGACCUGAUCCAGAAAUGGGAGGAGAAAUCCAGGGAGUUCAUUGGCAACUUCCUGCAGAUGUUCGGCCCUGAGGGAGCUCUGAAGCACAUGCUGAAGGAAGGGAGGGGCCGCAUGCUGCAGGCCAUCAGCCCGAGGCAGAGCCCCAACAGCAGCCCCACCCGCGAGGAGCGCUCCCCCUCACCCACCUUCCGUCUCCCCUUCUUCACCAAGACCUCCCCGCCUCCGUCACCACCGCCCCACCCCAGCGGAGCCCGCGGAUACCUCAUCAGUGAGGACGACGACGAGGAUGACGAGGACGACGAGGACGAAAGCUAGAGUCGUUACUGGUUACUGGCGCUACCAGUUAGCUGUUGAGUAACGUGGUUUUCAUCCAGCUCCUGCUUCCACUUUUCGUUGUUUACGAUCUUACUUUUUUUUUUUAGCCCUUGAGAGUCACGUAAAUAGCCGGUUUCUUCACAGCUCUUGUUUUUAGGAAAUGUUUAUCCUCUUUGUUUGAUUUUGGUCAGUAAAAGUCACCACUAGUCUCAUUUAUCUCGGUCACUUUUGAUGUUGAGUUUAUUAGUCACUCACUGUUGCUAAGGAAUAUUUUUUCCAUCUAUGACGGUAUUCUUAAGUUUAGCGUUGUGGUGAGGUAGGGAUUUGUUGUUUUGUCAUGGCUUUAGCGGGAGGGCUCGCAGCUUUUUGGUCCCGUGCUGGAACAGCACAUCUAGUCUGGUGUGGGAGAGGUGAGCUGAGACCUCAUGGAGACCCUGUUGAUUGUCUCCAGGAGACGUUUUUGUUUUUUAGAACGGGUCAGAGAACUGGACGUUUAAAUGAUCUGCUCAUGCGGGGCAGUUCAUAUUUUACUCAUACUAACAA